AUGUUCCGCCUUGCGAAGUUCACAGUAUUGUCGACGCUCCUGUUAACUAUAAUAACGAUACAUCUGCCAAGUGUGCUCACCUCACCUCUUGAAUUUGCGACUAGCCGGUUUGACCGAACGAGUGAAUUGGAGGAAGGGAAGCGCGGUGCAGUGGCGAGCGAAAGUGCUAUCUGCAGUCGCCAUGGAACAGAUAUAAUAAACAUUGGUGGAAAUGCAGCUGACGCGAUGGUUGCAACAAUGCUUUGCGUCGGAACUGUUGGCAUGUACCAUAGUGGAAUUGGAGGAGGUGGAUUCAUGCUGGUUAAGACCCCUGAAGGCUCCUUCGAGGCCAUCGAUUUUCGCGAAACUGCCCCGGCGGCAGCUUUUCAGGAUAUGUUUGAGAAUAACACAGAGGCAGCCGUUAGUGGUGGCCUUGCAAGUGCCGUUCCUGGGGAAUUGCGUGGUCUUGGGUAUCUCCACAGCAAGUAUGGCUCGCUCCCCUGGUCAGCUGUUGUGCAGCCUGCAAUUCAAACCGCACGGGAGGGGUGGCCAGUCGGGCAGGACCUGGUCCGCUAUAUGAAAGCUGCUGUCGGGGACGGCGAAGACUUUCUGUCUCAGGACCCUACCUGGGCGCUCGAUUUUGCUCCCAAUGGAACCAGGCUCGGUGUUGGUGACACUAUCACGCGGAAACGUUAUGCGGCCACACUGGAGACCAUCGCAAACGAGGGCCCCGAUGCCUUCUACUCUGGAUCAAUCGCGAAGACUAUGAUAGAUGCGGUACAGAAAGCCAACGGUACAAUGACGCUUGAGGAUUUGGCCAAUUACACGGUCGCUAUCCGAAACAUCUCUGAAAUUGACUAUCGCGGCUAUCGAAUUACUAGCACCUCGGCCCCAUCCAGUGGUAUCGUGGCUAUGAACGUUCUCAAAGUUCUGGGUACCUACGAUGACCUUUUCAGUCCGGAUAAUCGGAACCUGAGUACCCAUCGAAUGGACGAGGCUAUACGGUUCGGAUAUGGAUUGAGGACUAAUUUAGGGGAUCCGUUUUUCCUCGAUGGCAUGGACACGUACCAGGAAAUGAUGCUGGCGGAUUCCACUGUUGAAGAGAUCCGGAAGAAUAUAUCCGACCAGCAUACCCAGGCCGUGUCUGCCUACGACCCGCAGGGAUAUGAGAGUCUUGAAACACCGGGUACCUCACAUAUUGCAGCCAUUGAUCACAGUGGACUUGCCAUUUCUGCGAUCACGACCAUCAACCUGCUUUUUGGCUCCAAAGUUAUGGUUCCUGAGACUGGUAUCAUCAUGAACAAUGAGAUGGAUGACUUCUCUAUUCCUAAUUCGUCCAACUCCUUUGGCUAUAUCCCCUCUGAAGCAAACUUUAUACGACCCGGGAAACGCCCACUGUCCUCUUGUACCCCAACCAUUGUGACCCACCCUAACGGAACAGUGUUCUUCGUCGCCGGCUCGGCAGGAGGUAGUCGGAUUAUUACUGCCACCGUCCAGAACAUUAUACACGCCAUCGACGAAGGACUUUCAGCGGCAGAAGCCUUGGCCCAGCCGCGCCUUCAUGAUCAACUGGUCCCGAAUCGUGUCACUUUCGAGUACGAUUAUGACAAUGAGACCGUGUCCUUCAUGGAGGCAAGAGGUCACAAUGUGACCUGGGUUGGUCCAGGGGAGAGCACGGCGCAGGCAAUUCGGGUUCUACCGAAUGGAACUUUUGACGCUGCAGGGGAGCCUAGACAGGCUGAUUCUGGAGGGUUCGCUGUUUGA